AUUGAUACGAUUGGAUGAUUUUUAGCACGUGAUCUUGCAAUUGUCAAAUGACAGCCGUUGUAGCGUUGGCGCGCAGCGUACCUUCAGUGUAUUUUUGGCAUCCAAUCUACGUACAGCGAAGAAAAUCAAAAUGGCUGGAGGUAAAGCUGGUAAAGAUUCUGGAAAGGCAAAGGCGAAGGCCGUCUCUCGAUCGGCCAGGGCAGGUCUUCAGUUUCCAGUCGGUCGUAUUCACAGACAUUUGAAGAACAGGACGACGAGUCAUGGACGCGUCGGUGCCACAGCCGCUGUAUACUCUGCCGCUAUCUUGGAAUACCUCACAGCUGAAGUUCUUGAAUUGGCAGGUAACGCUAGUAAAGAUCUGAAGGUAAAGCGUAUCACACCCCGUCACUUGCAGCUCGCCAUCAGAGGAGACGAAGAAUUGGAUUCACUUAUCAAGGCAACCAUCGCUGGUGGUGGUGUCAUUCCUCAUAUCCACAAGAGUUUGAUUGGAAAGAAGGGAUCACAGAAGGCAACAUAAGGCCUGGUUAACUUUAGCAUCCUAGGCCACCUCUUUUUUCUACUGCUGCACCAGACCACCACCAUCCAUCGCGUAGUUGUUACCUCCUGUAUCUGCCGGUCUUUCCUGUUGCUCGUUCUUCGGCGGCUUCCUCCCAUCGUAGCCAGCAGCCAUCUCAGGGCGUCGAAUAGGACUAGAAUGAACAGAUUGAAUCGUAACCCUGUAAAUGCCAAAGCCGGAAACUCCAGCUAGACUGGAAUCAAAACAAAAUCAAUGCAAUAUGAUUCUUCAUCUUUAAUCCGUGUUGACAAACUUUCAUUGCACCUUAGAUAUUAAGUAUGAAAAGAUGCAAUGCGUCCAUUGUCCGAACAGGUCAACUGGCGGCUUGAUAGGUGGAAAAGUCCCUUAGAAAUACUUGCAUUUCUGCCUUUCAGAUUUUUAAUUCAUUUUAAAAUUUGUCGUGGUAACAAUCUUUGGAGCAGCAAAUUCUAUUUCUUUCUAUUUUUUUUUUCUCUUGAAUAUCUUGUACAGUCUUUUAACUUCUGAUUCAGUUAUCAUUUGAUAAGGAGUAGGUAUUCGGUAGAAGUUGUAUGAAAUGCCUAAUUGUAUUAUUUAAGCUCGUGUGAGAGAGAUGUGUAGAUGUAUAGUUCAUAACAAUAAAUUCAAUCAUUAACUUUCAUUCAUGCAAGAAAUACGCUUUUUUUUAAUAAAGAAAAUGCAAGUUCGGCCCAUAUAGGGUGCUUGAGCGUUGUACAAAGAAAUUAUUGGGAGGGGUUUUAGACAUGUAUAUUGGAAGUUGACAAUUUGUUAGUACCCCCUGAUUGGCCAAACAAAAUGCAUUCCAGCAUAAUCUUGAAAGAAGGAAGAAAUAAUGUCUCUUGUCAAAUUUUAAUCCAAGUCACUUAUGUGUGUAUUGUAUAUUGUGAAAGCCAUUCUUUUUGUAGCCAGUUUGUAGUUCCCUCCAAGCAGACAAACUACCCAAAUUGUAUAUUCUGUUUACAGUGUAGAAUCAGGGUGAGAGUGUGAAUGAUUCUUUGUAUUAAAUGUUCUGUUCAAUUUCACAGAGAUAAUUUGGUCAUUAAACAAUUUUGGAAGUUCUUUGAAGUUUUAUAUAUAAAA